AGCCUCCUUAGAUACAAUGGAGAGGCCUUCCUUGGAAAUUAACCUGCCUGAUACGCAUGAAGAAGGAAAGCUUUAUGUAGUUGAUUCCUUAAACAACCUAAACAAGCUAAACGUUUGUCCAGAUGAAUCCCAGCAUUCACUAGAUGAGGAGGAGAACGCUGGUGGCACUGGAGAAAACAUGGCAGGGAGCAACACAGGAAAUCAGUGUUUGUUCUUCAUCACUUUUAUUCUUACUUUGAUCAUCAGUUUGGCACUUGUUUCAUUUGUAAUAUUCUUAAUAAUUCAAACUAGAAACAAGAUGGACCAAAUAUCAAGCAGACUACUAUCUGAAAAGAAGAACAUAGAAGAGCUGAAGAAAAUUAACAAUAUUUUAUUAAAGCAUCUAAAUCAAUCAGGAAUUAAGGAUAAGUCUUCUGAUCUUCAUGAUUACCUAUUAACCCACGCUGAACUCAAAGUCCCUGGAGAAUAGAUUUUCUUUGGAAUGAAAUUUAACAUAUUCAUGACUCAGAUAUUUUUACGUAUGUCACACAGGUUGCUUAAACAUUCUGAUAUGGUCACCGGAGCAUUGGAAAAGCCAACUGAAUGAAAAAUAUUAGAAAAUAAUAUUUUAUCCUGGUUUAUUUGGACGUAGAUUUUUAAAACUAAGCCCAUAGGAGUCACAAUAAACAACAGAUUGUCAACAAUUUGGGGCAAGAGUUCUGGAUUCCUCGCGUAUUGUAAAUUGCAGGGGUAAGGGCCUAGUUUUACUUUAAAUGUAAGUGAAUGA